UAAUUUGUAUUGAUUUUUCAACGCUCCGAGAAAUUAAAACUCGUGCCUGUGCCUGUUGCUAGAGCUGCAACGGUACUCCAAAUCAAUUCGCUGGCCAGCCCACACCGCCCCACCUGCACCACCAUAGGUCUCGCCGAGACGGCUGUCCUAGAUCUGAUGGCUGCCAAUUUGCAACAGCAGCGGUCCAUCAAUGCCCAACUGCGUCGCGAGAUGGGAAUAGAACGCAUGCAGGUCUCUGAAGCCUGUGCGCUGAUGAUGAAGUACAUGCUGGAGCACGAGGAGGACGACUCGCUGCUGAGCGGAUUCAACGGUCAAAAGUUGAACCCGUUCCGUGAAAAGAACUCGUGCAGCAUCCUAUAAGUAUAAGUUAUAAGUGUGAGCUGUGCCCCUCCCGACACAGGUUCCUAACAACAGUAUUUAUUGAUAUGCAUAUACAGAGAAUCACUCAUAUACCCGUACUAUAUUGUACUGUACUCAAAUAGACCCGCUGAAUGGCAGGGAAUACGCUACACCAUGCAUGUGUGUGUGUUCUAGUAUAACCUAUUGAUGUUUGUUGUAAGUAUGCUGACCUCAAUUAUGUCUAUAAACUGAAUAUAUACAAUAUCUAUAGGGCAGAUAUUUAUGAAUGUGUAAA